AUUAUUCGCAUCGCUUGGACGAUGAUGGCCACGAAUGGGACAGGGAAUGACGAGGGGGGUGGUGUAGAUCCAGGCGGUACAGACGGUGCUGCCUGCGAUACCCCGGCCAUACCAGAGGGUUCAGUUGUCGUUAGUCGGGAGGAUGCAGCUAGUGGAAUACAUAGAGGAUCGGGAGGUUUAGCUGGUCAAGGGCCUGCUGCUGUUUCGGCGACAACAACGCACUCUGCAGAAGCGUCAGGGGCAAUAGCUGUCGUGGCUGAAAGUCCCCAGACUGAGACUGGUCCAAGCGCAGGUAUCACCACUGUACCAUCUUCGACAACGUUUACUCUGCAACACCAACAGUCAGCGGCGACAUCAACAGGCGUUUCAAACAAAGAGGAAGUGCAUGUAAAGGCGCUAAAGACGGUUAGCGAUUCUUGGUUUGCCCUGAGCAGAAAAGCGGGCACCGACAAAGCCACUCUUAUGGAUCAUUAUCGACGACUAUUCAAAUUGACUCUAAUGUUAGUUGAGAAGUAUGAUUCGGAGCUUGACUCAACGAUGCGAGCCCAUGUCCUUGAAAGGAUGCGGUUAUGUCACAUGGCGUUGGCGCCCCGCGUCCCGUCACUCGUACAAAUCUACGCAACGAUAGAGGCCGUCUUCGCGACUGCUAAUAUUGACCGGGCCUGCUUUCGUCGGAAGAUUAGUGACCUGACCCGGGCAGCUGAUUGUUUGACGAGCGAUCCCGUCGAAAGCUACCUAAUACCGAAGAAUGCGGUAGAGUCAACCCCUGGAGUUCCUGCGACUUGUCAAAUCGCAAGUGCUAAUACAGAACGGGUGGAGCAACCUAUGGAUGUAGAUGUAAAACCCUCUCCAAGUGGAUUGUCUACAGCGGAGACUGCUGUGGAUGUAGAUAGUCAUGGAGUACAGAAAGCUGUUCUGCCCACUGUACUUUCUGCUACAGAGAACUGCGAUUCGAGUAUGGUAAAAACCGAGCCCAGUUUGCCAGCGCAACCGCCUAGGCAAGGAGCUAACGUGCAACGCGGGGUUUCCAAAACUGGGGUCCCCGCGUCUAAAGCAGCUGAGGUCGGUUCAUCUCUGAAAGUGGCCGUCGUGACCCCGACGAACCGUCAAAAUAAUAGUGCUAAUAAUCCAGAUCGACCAUGGGGCGUUCAAGCGUGGCUAGAACACCAAGAGCAGGUUGUGCCUGAAAGAGCACCGCCGGACGAUGCUAUGCCCACUGAGGAAGUGUUGGAGAAGUUGAACGAGGUUUACCGUCAGGCCGUUGAUGCCGACGAUACUUUGGCCAAUUUCUGCAAAACCAUUGCUAACUUAAGCUGUCAUAGAGGCGUUCAGCUGGGCUGGCAAUGUUUUCGACGAACGGAAGGCCCCCCUGAGUGUACUGAAGCACUCGUCUCAACGUUCUUUCUUAAGGACCUGAUUAAUGAAGAAUCUGAACACUGCUGCACACGAGACCUCAUGUUACUUUGGGUUCGAAUGCAGAAACAUCGGCAAAUGGGCGCACCAGAAAUCGGUCGGCUAGCAUCGAGUAUCCUUGAUAGGCACUCAGAUAAGUCAGGGUUGUUCUAUUUAAUGUUUGACGUCUUGUUGGAGGAAUGCGGCUUCGUGGGCUAUCCUGUGAUGAUUGAUUUAAUGCUCCGAGGAAUGGGUGUUGAUCUAAACGAUAUCGAGGAGUGCGAGCAUCGGGGAGCCUCCCAGGAUCUCGUACGAGCCGAAAUCGAACGAAAUCUCGCUCGUCAGAUGCUCAAGUGGUGCGUCGUAUUCGAGGACUUUCCGCUAGUAAUGCGUGAAUGCGCCUUUUCAUCCUUUUCGCUGUAUCCGACCAAAGAUGCACUCGACCUCAUCAAGGCAGUGUCAUUGCGGAUCUGCGAGAACCGCGACCCAUCUUGUCGGUGUUAUGGACACCAGAUCGAGGAUAUGCCUGAACCGAGACAGCCUGGAAGACCACAAUACGAAUUGUUGCCUCAUGAUGAUAUGUUUUUCUUUGAGCCCGUGCUCGACAGCGAGGUGCCGGGUGUACAUUACGAUACGCUCAAGGAUAUGGUCACCGUGUUGCAUGCUGUUCGAACGCCCGUCCUUACACUUGGCGAUGACCUUGAAAAGUACAUAGAAGACUUUUACGCCAGGGGCCGUGGUUCUAAGUUACCGACGGAAAUGAGGCUAGUAGCCCAGGCGUAUGGUGGGGUCAUUUGCGGGAUAACAGACAAUGUUCCCGGAACAGUAGCGGUAGCAGCACCCGAAGAUUCAGCGGAUUCCGAAAGCGAUUCGGAUUCGUCCGCCGGAAGCUCGGAAUUUCGACGUCGUCUCGACCGACAGCGUAAGGAACUCGGGCCAGAGCUUGGACGAUCGGGAGGCAAGAAAGCAGCUGGCGCUUGUCAUAAGUUGAAAACGAAGGACAAAACGCGACCAGCUGCGCGUCGGUCAACUAGACAGCUCGAGCGUGAAAAGGCAACCGCCGGGCAACAAGGCGGUGAGAAUAGAGCAAUAAAACUACCCGAUCAGCAAGAAGAUGGCGACUCGCUAUUUCAAGACGCGUCGCUUGAAGCUAUUGAGUCGGAGGUUGAAGUUGACUCAUCAGUUCUCUCGCCGGGUACCGUCUCGAGUGUAGCGUCAUCGGCGGUGCCCCAAAUUGUUGGAACUCCCGUCGAAGGAGUUGGCCUCGAUGGAAGUAAUGCCGACAAUUCGGUUUUGUCGUCGACCGCACCCGCAAGUCAAGUUUCCGUUGUUAUUCCAACACAACAGGCCAGCGUUGUCACGUCAAAGGUCGUCAUGGUAUCGCCACAACAGCUACAACGGGUACAGCUACCUGUAGCAAACAACAACUCUUCGAGUCGCCCUCAUAAGAUACAAGUGGUUCUUAACGGCCCUAAAGUGGAGGUGGCGGCAGCGGCGGCCGCUGCAGCAGCCGCUGCUCAGCAGCAGGUGGUCGUCCCUCAGACGACCGAUAUGACCCCGGUGGCCAUCGAUACUGCUCUAACAGCGUUGCAGCUGCCCGGCCAGUUGCAGCCGACAGGAAGGCAGCAAGGGGCCAAGAUGAAACAGCAGCACCAACAACAGCAGCAGCAGCAGCAACACCAACAACAACAGCUCCAGCAGCAGACACAAGUUACAGGCGGUCAAGCUACUACGACGAUUGGACCAUGUCAACAAAUACCUUUAGUUUCAUCUACGAACAACCAGAGCAAUCCCUUCCAUUCAACGUCGUCCAUGGUACCCGCAGCAGUUACCCCUGCGUCUACGACAAGCAGUCUGGUGGCCUCGGCGGUGCCAGGGGCGGCAGUUUCCACUAUCCCCAGAGUCGCUGCAACAACACCAACAACCUCGCCAAUAGCUAUAGGAACAACGCCAAUUUUAAAAAAAGCCAGUGAACGAAAUCGAUUAACCACGUCGACGAAUGGCCAACCCUUGUCCCACUUGCAUCAGCAGAAACAUCAGCCGACUCCGCACAGUUCAUCAACGGCAACGGGGCAACAGGUCGCCGUAACAUUGGCAACAACGUCAACGACAAAAGUAAUCGCAACCAAAUCUUUGCCACCGAGUAGUUCUACCAGUCAACAACAGCCACAACAACGCCAUCAUCAGGGGGUGGUCGUGGCCAGGAAAUCGUCACCCGCAAACGUCGCGAGUAGCAGCAGUAGUGGAAGCAGCAGUUGUAGUGGUGGCGCUGGCAGUUCUGGAGGUGCUGGUAGUUCUAAUGGUUCCGGCAGCGCUCCCGGAGGUGGUCAGCUGAAGACGCCCAAUUUUCGUGCUGUAUUAGAUCGAUUCGAUCGGCUGUGUGGAGUAUCCUUAACUCCGCCGUCGCUGGCUGAUAAACCGGUGAGAUUGGAAGUCAGCGGGGGCUCAGGUACAGGGGCUAUGGCUAUGCCAAAAUUGGCCAAUGUGCAGAUUCGUAAUCCAAAAAAACUACCAGCAGCUACCCCUCUGUCGCCCAAUGUAGCACCUGCAGGCUUGAAUAGAGUCGCGCCUUCUGCAACUAAAAGUAGCUUUCUAGCCCAGCUGCCAGCCGAUCCGACACGGGGCAAGAUCAGCUCAGAUUUGCUGAGACGGUUAAAGGAGGAAGUGGAUAAUAGGUGUUCAGGUGCGCCGAUCACUCAAUUCUUCAAGUGGCAAUUGAAGAAGCCAGUGUUUACCAAUCGUAAAGAGGUGGCCGUCAAGUUUAGCAUCCGCAAGCAGGGCCCAGCCACGCCGGCGGAGAAAGAAAAGACCUGUCCCGCCGCCGACAGGACCUUACCGACCUCCGGAGGUCCCCAGCACUGCAACAGCAGCAGCCAAGCCAGAACAGCAACCAAAGCCAACCAUGGUAAUACCAUGACGACGCCUUCCAACGCAGGCGGUACUAGCACAUCACAGAUCUACAUUACUUCGCCAGCUGCCAUCGUCACCGCUAGCACUACGACGCCUACGACGACACCAAAGGGCAACGCCAAGGCACGGGCCGUGGCCUCAAAAGCGACCGCUGCAACAGCAGCUGGUUGUACCCCGCAAGCGACAGUAAGCGUCAAUCGGUGCAGUCCAGUAGCUGUUCGAGUAGCCAGUCCCGUAACCUCUAGCGGAGUGGGAACCACCAGCGUUUGCGUGGUGCCUAGCAACGGCAGCAAUUCUACCGCGGUGAUAGCCGGCACCCCUGGGGUCUCUACUGGGGUGAGCGUCAUCACGACAGGUGGCGGAAUGUCCACCUCCGUCGCGAGUGAAAGUGGGACUGGCGUGAGUGGCGUGGCAGGUGGCAGCAACGGCGGUAUCAACGUGAUCGGAUCAACGGCCACUGGAACAACCGCCGGAAACUCAGUAGUCUGUGGAGUGGGAGCAAGUGUGGGUGGCGGUGCUGUUCAGGUUGUGGGUUGCCAGCAGCUGCAGAUCGAAAGGGGACACCAGGGGACAACAACAGUUUGGACAGCGGCGGGCGGAGCUUUCGGCGGCGCAGGCGGGGUCAGGCCGGAGGCCAAAGUUGAAGGGGGAAGAAGCACGCCCUCACUGCAGCCUGCGCAGCAACAGCAGGUGCAGGUGGUGACUACAGUGAGAGGCCAACAGCAACAGCCGAAUUACCUUCAUCAUCAGCCCCACAGUGUUGCUGUGGCUCCCCCAGGGCCCACAGGUGUAAGUGUCGUGCAUGCAAUUCGACCGCAACAGCAGCAGCAACAACAACAACACAUUCAGCAACAGACGGCAGCUCAUCAGCAACCGCAACAUUUAACCGCGCAUACGACUACCGCCCCUCGGCCCAUGCUAAGACAGACAGCACAGACGCAGCAAACUAGUCCGGUGCUGGUUACGACAGCCAGCACUACAACCAGCUGCACGCCACAAGUGGGCCAUCAAGUUGUACAGGCGACGCCUUCGAUCGUGCAAAAUCAAACGCAAAUUGCUGUUUCGACCGCACCUCAACAGCAGCAUCAGCAGGUAGCAGCCUCUAGUGGUCAUAUGACCGUUACGACAUCAGGAGCCGUCGGCGUAACAACGGUUGGAACUCCCGUAGGUGGCGUCGGUGUGCGAAUGGCCAGCCCACAGGUGAUCAGACAAGUUACUGGAGGCCAGAUGGGCUCCGUGGCCGUGGCGACCAUCAAGGACGGUCAGGGUGGACAACAGAACGUGCUUAUGAAGGUCAUCUCAUCACCGCAGACCACGGCGAUUCAGGGCCAAUUGGCAAACAAAGUUCAGCCACCUGCGAGGAUUGGCAGUCCCGCCGUCGUUAAGGCGGUUAGAGCCAGCCCGUCUCCAGUCUCCCCGGCAGCAGUACCACUUAGUCCAAGCUCAAUCGUAACGCACGGUCAUACCCAUACGGCCGGCACUUCGAAAAUCCAUAUCGUCAAUAAUGUUAACAGCACUCAGCAACAUCAACAAACGCCAGCGCAACAACAGUUAACCAGUCAACAGCAACAGCAACAUCAGCAGCAAUCGCCACAGUUACCAAAUUCGACUCAGCUGCAGCCGAUGCAAAAUCCAGUUGUUUCGGUCGCAACGAGUAUGUCAUCGCCAGGUGGUCAGCAAACGCAAGUGCAUCCACAACAGAUUGUGGUGUCAGGGGGUGUAAUUCCACAGGUCGUACGGGCUGGCGCAGCCAGCCCAGAAUCAAUUAAACUUCAGGUUCAGAACUCCGUUCAACAGGCAAUAGCAGGCCAGCGUCUAGCUGCACCCUCGCCACCUAAUUCUGGGUCUCAGCCGUUGCACGUCCGGGUUCGCAUCAACGGUCCUGCAGCUGGCACGACUGCAACUUCGGGACACACCGUUGGUGCAGGUGGCGCUAGUGCGGGCCAGGUGGUUCAACUUGCCGCUAGCCAACUGUUGAGUCCGCAAGUUUCAAGCCUUCAAGUGACCUCGAAUUCUCCGCAGGCUGUUCAGGCAAUCGUGUCGCAGGGACCAGCGACGACUUCAACGCCUCCCGGAGUGGCAACAACCACUUCAGGAAAUUCGGUAGCAACAACGGCGAUUCAGCACCAACAGCAGCAACAGCAGGGUCAAGGAGGGACAGCGACGCCCCCGACAUCAACGACGCAGCGAAUUAUCACUACGCCCGGAGCCACUGGAAACAAGAUCAUGAUUCCCGUCAACUCGCUACUGCAGCAGGGCGCCAUUGCGACGUCAGUAAACGGUGUGCCUGUGCUUAUUAUUAAGAAUCACCAGACGGGCCAACAGCAGAUUGUGCAUAUGCGACAGGUGCAGCACGUUCAAACGGUCCAGUCUGUAUCGCAACAACAACAGCAACAGCAGCAGCAGCAAGUGUCGGCCGGAAGCGCGGGGCAACAGAGCACUACUGGAGGAACGCAUGCUCAGGUCCAAACGACCCAAGUGCAGGUGGUCACCGCCGCGCAGUCAUCGGCCACAACAGCAGGAACUGGCUCGUCGCAGCUCAAUCGGCAGCAGUUGACGUCACCUGCAGGAGCGCAGCUGGCGGUGCUGCGACAGGGGUCCGGAGGACUCAAACAACAAACGGUUGUCGUAUCGCAAGCGGGACAGCAGAGUCCAGGAACGUCAUUGAACAGGUUACCCAUACAGGUAACGCUACCAGUUGGCCCAACAGGAGGAGGUCAACAAAUUGUAGUUCCGUCAAGCCAGGCCAGCUCGGGCGCUGCUGUCGGAACAACGGGAACCCCUGUAACGGUUGUAACAGCAUCAGGAGGACAAGCCCAACAGGUUCAACUAAUUAGCGGUGAGACAUCAACGCUUAGUUUUGGCCAGCAGCACUCCGGCACGACUCAGACAGGAGCAGCCCCAUCCGGAGCAAUUCAGGCGGGCGGAUCAGUAGUCGUCAGCACGCCUAGUCCGGUUGUUAGUCAGAGCGGUAGCGUCUUCUCGACAGGAGGACAGCCGAUCACAGUGAGCGUCGCCACCACUACCCCCGGCAAUAAUGUCGGCAGCACAGUUAUUAGCAGUAGCGGGAAGACUCAACAGCUACAGACCACGAGCAUCGCUCAGGGAACAGGUGGUCAUCAACAACAAGCUCAACAACAACAGAUCCAUCAGGUGGUUCAGGUGGUCGGACCAAACAGCGGUUCGGCAGGAGGCACGAUACCAUCAUCGGCCAUCGUGGUCAACCAGAGCGUGCAGAGACUGGUCACAGUCUCGCCUGACGUCCUGCAGGCGGCAGUGAAGUCCGGACAAACGAAGAUCAUCACGUAUAAGCCCGCGCUACAACAGCCCCUGAUAGGAGGGAGGGCCAAGGUGGUCGCUGCAGAAGUCGUGGGGAGCCAGCAACAUAAACAGCAGAAAAAAGAUCAGCCAUUGCAACAGCAGCCGUCGCAACAGCAGCAACAUCAUCCCGGCCAACAACAGCCUGUUGGCAAGGCAGCUAACAAACUAUUAGCAAAAAUUUUACCUCAUCCUCCCGGGGUUCUGCAAGGUCCACAAAACCAACGACAACCACUGCAGAAAACGCCAGGUGGAGUUGCUGUCGUUCAGCAGGUUCCAUCGGCAGGGGUCACCGUUGUCCAGCAAGGUGUCACGCCUACGGUAACAGGUGUACCCCUAGGGUCGACACCGCAACAAACACAGGUGAUCCAACAGACCCAGCAUGUUGCUAUCACAGGAGCACAGCAGGUGGCGAGAGUGCAGGGCAGUCCCGUUCAAGUGGUAAAGAAGAUCCUACCAACUGUUGGGACACCUUCUCUAAACAACAACAACAAUAAUAGCACCAGCAACAACAACAAUAAGCCCACGAGCACAAUAAUCGUAAACAAGACAAGCACAGUUGCUCAAGUGCUUAAAGCGCCAAUCAUCGCGCGCCAGGUAUCGGAGAAAGAGCGUCUUCGUGAGAUCACUCCAGUGCUUGACGAAGACGCUCUCAUGGAACAGAUUAUGGCCGCCGAGGUCAAAGAGCAAAUGGCUGCAGUGAAACGAACGAUGCUACAAUGUGUUAAAGCGGACCGGGACGAACUCGACAAGGACUUAGUGCUUAAUGGAAACGCUUUGGAUAAAGAGGAAGCCAAGGAAUCGAUGCCCGUUCCAAGCCGGCAGGACAACCCAGCCAGCCCGAUGUCUGGCAAAAUCGAGAACGGCGGUAAUAAUGACGAUCCUCCAACAAAGAAACGUCGGAUAAGUGACGAUGCUGAUGCCCUGCGCUCAAUAAGUGACGCUCUCACUUUUGCUAUAUUGAGUGAGAGCUGCUCUGCUGUCGCGGAGGAGGAUUUGAAUGCUGAAAAGACCAUCGAAAACGAAAUGUCCGUGACACUUCCAGUAUUGUCGAGUGACAGCGAUGUUGACGACGACAAAGACUCGGAGUCGGAUCCGGUGAGCGUCAUUGCCGCUCGCGGAUCUCGUAUCGGACCUCCACCGCGGAAAGCGCGUAGACGACGUAGAAGCUACUGCAGCAUUCUAGCCGAAUCUGCCAUUUUGCUGCAUGAGUCCAACAAACGAAGCCAGUCAGCAGCUCAAGAGCUAAUUGCAUCGGUUGCUGAUAAAAUGAUGGAAAAAGCUUUUGGUCCAUUAACUACACCGCAGCUUCACGGAAACAACCAGGUGACAGGUGGUGGUUCCGAUGCGCAACACGGUCCGCACGCAAUCCUUAACGGGAAGGUUGUUAGCGUACAGUUAGCGUCAGGCAAACACAACUCUAACGAUGAGAAUGUCGAGCGUCGAUUGGUCGGGUCGCCCGCCGCCCCGAGUGAAGACGGCAAUCCGGCGAACACAAAGCCACUCGUCAUCAAGCAGAUGGUUAUGCUUGGCCCGAACACGCCGAAUGCGCGAGAUCAUCAUCAGCAGCAACACCAUCAUGGCGCCGCGAGUUCCGCGAACACCGGCUCCCCACACGUUGCCUCCCCCCUGGCCAAGAAGAAGAGCGCCGCGUCGACGACACCGCAGAACAAAGACGACCAAACAGGUGUACUCCAUUCUCGCUACAAAUGCCAGGAAUGCCAGCGUGGGUUCUUCUCGGCAUACAACUUACGUCGCCAUUUGAAGAAUGUCCACAAAAUCGACAUGGGUCCACCUGUGACAACGACACCAAGCUCAUCAACCCCAUCGUCAUCGUCCUCUCCAGCGACAUCCUCGACGGCAGCAUCAUCCUCUGCUGUGGCAGCUUUGCAAACACCACCGACAGCGUCGCGACCUUCUCAACCACAAUCGCAUUUGAUGGCUGCCCUCAACGGUGGGAGCCUGGGCGGCCCAGUGAGUAACAGCAGCAGUGUAAGCGGAAGUGCACCCGAAUCCGAUCAUGACGACAGCUCGCUCGAUCAUUUUGUCGUAGUUAACCACUCGAUUGUGGCAGGAAGUUCUGUAGUUCCACCAAAAAACUCACUUGCGGCGCUGCUGGAAGCGCCUCCGGUGCAUGCAAGCCCUCACAUUUGAUGAGGCUAGCAGUCGUAUGGAGAGGACGAACAAGACGAAAUGAGUAAUAACGAUUGUUUUUGGUUGGUUGUUGAUGAAUAAUCUAUGAACGACAUCGAUAUGCUGAUGAAUUGAUGUGAUGACAAUGGUUGUAGAUGCGGAUCGAAUUGGCAACUAGUGAAAAUAGAGAACUUACUGAAUUUUGUGGGAUCUCAAUUUUGUUCAUGGCCGAGGUGAAUAUGGAUAUACAUGUGAGCACGCCACAUUUGCGAGGGUUGCUGCCCAGUCCAUCAAAUGGAGUAUAUGCGCCUGCUUGUUAUGUGUGUUUGGCCAUUGUUAUAACUCGACGAGUAAUCGUAGAGUUAAACCUAGUUUGAAGAACGACUUUCGCAAACAUGUUCGUUUCAGCAGGAACCAGAACAAUAACGAAUGACCCAAUUAGUUUCAAAUACUAUUGGCCUUUCCGCUCAGUAAAUAGCUUAUAAAUAGCUCUCUUUGAAGAUGAAUUUCAACUUGAACAAAUUCAGGUAUUUCUCAUAUGUAUUUAUAACAGCAGAUAUAAAAUGAUAGCUAUCGACUGAACUGUAUUAGGUCGUGAAUCAAUCGGGUAGAGACUGUGGCAACAUUGUCCACCGGCUGACUGUCCAGGUUUACCAAGUUGGACAUAGAGCCAAUAAAUGGCGCAUUGAACACUGAGCGACCGUGUAAAUCUACUUUUGUGUUGUGAAUAUGUCAUUGUGUGACUGUUUGCGUGCCCGGCAAGUUUUAAUAACCUAUUCGUCAGCUCACAUCCCUUUAACGGGAACUGUAAUGGCUAUUAUGGCAUAGCUGCUGACGAGCACUAUUUCCUGGAAUAUAGCGUUGGAUUAUAUUAUAUUAUUAUUAUGCUGGACAGUGUGUUUAUUAAAGGUGAAGUGAGGGUAAAACGUGAAAACGCUCGUUGAGACUGUCCGUCAACAACUAGUCCCUAUUGCAUUUUAUUUAAUUUGCGUAAUUUUAAGUAAGCGUUCACUUUUUCUUUAUUAGUUGAGUUCAACAUAUUUCGAAUGUAAAACAUGUGCGCUGUCCUAUAUGUGGUUAAGAGUUAAAUACAACAGUGCGAGGCCGGUGCUUUCGCUUCUGCGAUUGGCGGAAGGGAAUCAUGUAUUUUUCGGCAUCAAAGAGCGCUCUAUAGUUCAGCUGCAGUAUGCAUACUGUACUUAAUGAAAAUACAGAUCAUUCUGUUGAUCAUGAAUUAGAAUAUGUUGAAUUGUUGUGAAAAAAUCUGUUGAGUUUGUUGCCAAUUUGAUUACCACCUGCUUUGACAAAUCGUCGUUCUAUUGUAUAAUAAUGAAGUAUCACCUAUUUUUAAGCUCUGGGAAAAAUAACAGUAAUAAUAUUAAUACCAUCGAUUUCGCGAAAAUGAUUCUUUUCGCACACAUCAGCCAAGUAAAAUCAUAUCGGCAACGGCAAACUGCGCAAAAAUUAGAUAUCAGUCUAAUUAAUUCGUGUUAAACUGAGAUCACUUGCAAAUUAUUGUUUCGGCAGAACCGAGACACUUGUAUUACUUCGUUGCCCGCCGCUUGUAUUAUAGAAAGUAUAAUAAUCCCACAUAAGAAUUUAUUGACGGACACGAGCGAACAUCUAUGACGAUGUCUGUAAUGUACAAUUGAUGUAUUAUUAUUAUAUGUAUGAGCAUAUGGAAAUGCAGAUACUUCAACAGAUGCAAAUGAUCCAACCAUACAAGUGCAACUGAUAUGUAUGGAUGAGUACGAUGAAGAUGAUGAUGCUUGUGUGCUUUGGUCUGUUCUGUGCAUGUGUAUGUGUAUGUGCGGGUAUGCCGAUAAUACGGGAAUAUAAUCAAAUUAGUUGAAAAAAUUUUGUGAGAUUAAAUGCAAAACGUUUCUAAACGGAAUUAUUACAAUGAGACGGAGGUCGAUAGUGAUAGUUAUUGAAGAUUCUAGGAGAGAAUGACUCCGGUAAAAAAGAAUCCGUCGAAAAAUACGCUACCGAUAAAUAAAUACAUAAAUGCAUGGUUGAGCGCCGAAAAAACUCCAACGUGGUUUCUUGAUGAGGCCCAUUGUGGAGACAGGCAUGCAGUUGAAGUCUGCAAAUAUGUAAAAUAUAUAUAUAUAUAUAUAUAUUUGAUGGAAACUAUAGUAAAAUUCUAUGCCUCUGAUGUCACUAUUAUAAGAGAGAUGGAAAAAGCACCACCGCUGCUUGGAGAUAAUCAUAUAUAAUUACUAUUACAUAGAUAGUAAGACAGAAAGUACAUACGACCCUGCGAACCUGACAAACUGACAAUAACAAUGAUAUAAUCUUAUUCAUAGUUAUACUUACAUAGAUAUCUGUAGAAAUGAUCUUGAUGAUAAUAAGAAUAACAAAGGCGAUAAUAACAAUAAUAGUUAUAAUAUCGAAGAAUAAUAAAAAUAUAUAUAUAUAUAUAUUAGUAUAUAUUAUAAAUAUUGCGAUUAUUAACAAUAUAGAAAAUGGAUAAGAGACAGUGGCGAGAAAACGGCGC